AUGAAGGCGGGAGUGGCGCUGAAGCCGGGGACUCCUCUUGCUGCUGCUGCUGCUCUCAUUGAGCAGCAGCAAAUCGACAAUUUGCUGCUGAUGACUGUAGAGCCCGGACUUGGGGGACAAACUUUUCUUAAAGAUCAAAUCCACAAAAUAAAAGCUGCCAGGCAACUCGCCCCCAACCUCAACAUCCAGGUGGAUGGCGGGCUAAAUGCGGAGACAGUCAAACUGGCGGCAGAGGCGGGAGCAAAUGUAAUUGUGGCAGGUACAAGUUUAUACAAGGCGGAGUCCCCAAGAGCUCUGAUGAACUAUAUGAGAGAAGUGAUAAUUGCUGCGCAGAAGCAGCAGCAGCAGCAGCAGCAAGAAGGAAAACGAGUGGAAAGCUAA